AUGGGGCUGUGGCUGAGCCCCAUCCCCAGUGGGCACAGCUGUGAGCAGCAGGGUUUGAGAGCUUUUGGAUGCCAUGGAAAAAUAUUGGAACUUUCUAUAUCACAAUGCAAAAACUUCAUUGACAAUGGGAUUCAGUUCUGCAAGGGCACAGAAUUCCUGGAACACUGCCUUGUCUCUUACUGCCCUCAGCUGACAGAUGAAGCUGUGAAAACAAUGGCAUUUCACUGCCACAGACUGACAUCUCUCAACACAGGAGGCUGCCCAAAGAUGAUUGAUACACAUAUCCAAUACUUGGCUGCAGCCUGCCAUUAUCUCCCCUUGGACAUCUCAGGUUGCAUUCAUCCUACUGACAACCUGAGAUAUCUUUGGAAAGGCUGUGAGCAACUCCAGAUUCUCAUGACACUGUACUGUAGAAAAAUUACCAAACAAGCUACUUUGAAAUACACAGCUGAACUGGAGAAACAGGAACACAAUGAUGCUGACCAUCCUUCCUGGCUCAGAUAUGACUGGGAUGAUAACGUAUCACCUUCACCAAAACAUGCAGAUCAGAGCCUGAAAAAACAAAUUCUUCAAAAUGAAAAAUGAAGAAAUUGUGCAGCAUCUCUACAGUUCAAGGGUUUUUCUCUAGAGCAUGAAAAGACCACUGUGUUAUUUUUUCUUAAAACUAAUCACACUUUAAUAAAAGGCCAUUUGUU